AUGGAAGAUAACAACGGAACGCCCGAGAUCAUUCCCAUGCCAAGCAAUAAUCAAGUGCGUCAACGACAUCUCUCAGGAGGUACCAUGAAUUUGGCGCUUCAGGACGAUCAGUGGACUUUUGCUUUGCCUGGAUUGCCUCAAUCAGGACAGUUGAUAUCGGUACGACCUGGCACGUAUCGCUAUCUAAAGGGCGUGGAGCUGGAGGGCGCUACCUACGAGUUUGCUAUCGUAACACGUAGAUGUUCGUCUGAAAAGAAAAAAGAGAAUAAGUCAACUGCUGUUGAUAUUGACGUGGCCGUGGAUAUCCCCGCGGGAGUCGAAGGCAGACUGAUCAAAAAGCUCAUAGCCAGUGGUCUGGACGUAGACGUGCUGGAAGGAGACUUUAGUCGUGUAGAGGUUGAUGGUAACAAGACCAGCAAAUACUUUGUGCUGCUUAUCCGUGGAAAUGAGGAAACACUGGCCACGUAUGGGAGGAGACUGAGGUUCCAGACGUGGCUGCGUAGUGGCAACUCGCGUGAAGUGGACUCGGUCGUGCAGAGUAGUCCUAUUGUCACCCCUGCUGAGAGAAUCCAAGUGAUUGAUCAUAUCGUUCGAGAAACAGCCCAAAUCACAGAAGACGACCCGAAUGUGCACUCGAUCUUUCCAGUUCAUGACCCUGCAACCAACAGAUACUUGCUUAAGACAUUCAUUGGAACGCAAAAGCUCGAGUUUCUAUCGGAAGAUUUCUUGCAAAAAGUAAGAGCUCACUUUGGUGAAAAGGUUGGAUACUACUUUGCGUUCAUGGACUUUUACAACAAGGCACUCGUGCCGAUCGCGCUGCUAGGCGUAAUUCUGACAUGCCUGCGAAGUGUCAUAGGCACACCCAUGUACAUGCGCGUGCUCGUAGCGUGGGCUGUACUCAUUUCGGUAGUCUGGAGCUUUGGGCUACUCAAGGCCUGGUCUCGUCGCAACAAUGAACUUAACCACAUAUGGGCGAACAACAUUGAAACCAGCACGAUCGUAUAUCGCAACCCAAACUUCCGCGGCGACGCGUUUGUUAAUCCUGUUACAGGGCUACCUGAUCAAUACUAUCCGAGCUGGAAAAGGUAUCCGAAGUAUUUGGCCGUAAUCACCUUCAUGAUGGUGCAAAUCUCGAUCAUGAUGUUCAUCAUCGCUAUUUGGAUUACUGCAUUUGAAGUGCUUAAGGUGCGUUAUCCAGACAGUGGAAUCUUCUCGGCGCAGUGGUUCUACAUCUUAGGCGGCGGUAUUUUGUACGGGUUGUUCGUGGAUAUUAUCCAGUGGAGUGUGCUUGUGACGAAGGCCGCGCGUAUGUUUACAGAGUGGGAAAACUGGAAAACGAUUGAGCAGUUUGAAAAGUCGAUGAUACGCAAGCUGUUUCUCAUGGAUUUCCUCAAUUACUACACGUGGUUCUUCCUGCUAGCUUUUGUGUACGUAAUUCCAGGAGCUGGAGAUACAAUUACCAACUUUCUCAACACAUUGAUCUGGGAAGACCCAGCAAACUGCUGCUUCGGGCCGUACAUGAAUCGUUCGGGUGCUUAUUGCGACUCUUGUCCACCAGCGUGGAAUAAAAUGGGUAUUCGUGAAGCACGCUGCAUUCCAUGUCAUGGAUGGGUAACCUUUGACAUCAACCACCUCGACUUAGAGACUCUUUUUCUCACACCCAUCAUUAUUACUCAGUUGCUAAAUUUACUCAUUGCUGUGGUCGUCCCGUGGAUUCAUCGCAAGCACUACGAGCAGCGCCUACGUGGAACAGACCAAAAAGUGAUGGCCAUGGUCAAGGCUCAAGGAGAGCGGCAUCUGCUAGCCAGAAUGUCGUACCAAACUGAAGACUUUGACAACAUGCACGGUCGUUCGAUAAGUAGCAAUACUGCUGCUCAUGAUGACAACCUCGCACAUGUUAUAAAUCGGUCCUCGGCUCGGUUUCUAGAGAACAGCGAAGAGGAGAUGAAGCUACUGAAUGCAAAGGCGCGCGCGGUUUUGUUCGAGAGCGAGCAAAAGACUUAUGAUCCAUAUGAUGACUACCACCACAUGACGGUGCAGUUUGGCUUCGUGGUCAUGUUUUCAAUGCUAUGGCCACUCAUGCCUGCUGCUUGCAUGCUUGUAAAUGCACUCAAGACCCGUGGUGAUGGCUUUCGAUUAUGCCGAACCAACCGACGCCCAUUUCCACGCAAAGCCAGCGGCAUUGGAGAGUGGAACAAUAUCCUUCACGCGAUUGCUAUUACGGGUGUGCUUGUCAACAUUGGCCUUAUCUUUAUUUCCACUGGUGCCAUGGAAUUUUUCUCGCCGUCGUGUUCAAAGCAAAUCACGUAUGCUUUGAAUAACGACUUCUCCCAUUUUCGCUUUGGUCCGGAUUUCGCUUGCGUCUCACUUACCACGCGCAUGGUCAUGAUCCUCGUAAGUGAGCACAUAUCACUAUUAUUGAUCUAUUCAUUCUGGAAAAUCAUUCGUAGCGUUCCAGCAAAGGUUCAGCUUGAUAUGUUGAGUCAGGAGUACGCCUUCAAGUCUCUCCUGUAUCAACGUACGGUGGAAAAGUCAAGCAUAAAUACUGCGUCACUGUCAACUUCAGCUGCAUCGUCAGUCCAUGACAAGGAGUCAUAUACGACGUUCAAGACUAGAGGAAUAAGUGGGUCAAGAACACCCAUUGGCAGUACUUGCACCGGUUCAAUCGAAGAGAAGGAGCCAUUAUUGGGCAGAAGGGACGUCUUUCGAGCCGAUUUAUGA